AUGUCUUUACCAGAGCCCAAGGGUGAGGCUGACUAUUGCGAUAACGCGAGUGGCAGUGGCCGUGAAGAGAGCAUUGAACAGAAGCUCGACAAGAAUGGGUUGCCCUUAGUGCCUCAGCCAUCCUCCGAUCCCUCCGACCCUCUCAACUUUCCUCAAUGGUUGAAGGUCGUCAUCCUGAUUCAAGCGUCCGUCAUGGCACUGCUGGGACCGUUUAAUACCGCAGUAAUUAACCCAGCCCUUGUUCCUCUCGGCGAGCAUUUCGACGUGUCAACGGUGACGGCGAGUUAUCAGACUACCAUUGCCAUCGCCUUCGCGGGAUCGGGAGCAUUUCUAUGGGUACCCCUAGCAAACACCUAUGGGCGUCGACCAGUCAUGCUUUUCACUGCCUUGGUCGCUGCAGCUUCUAGCCUAGGCUCUGGAAAAGCUGAGACUUGGGGCACACUCAUUGUCUCCCGGGUGUUCAACGGCCUCGCCGUCAGUUCAUUCUUCACGCUUGGAGCGGCUCUGGUAUCGGACUGUUUCUUCCUUCAUGAAAGGGGGCGAGCCAUGGGUCUUUUCACCGUCUGUCUAACAAACUCAGCAAACAUCGCUUAUAUCCCUGGCGGUUUUCUCGGGCAGUAUGUCAGUUACAGAUGGUGCUACUACCUUCCCGGCAUUUGUGAUAUCACGCUGUUCGCGAUCAUGCUCUUUUGCUUGCCGGAGACCCUCUAUCAUCGCGGGUCAACUACAGUAGAGACUAAAAGACCUAUCCUGAAGCGCAUGAGGUUGUGGGGCUAUCAUCAGAAGGGUCACCAUUUGAGGGUAGUGGAUUUCUUGAGGCCAUUCGAGAUGUUGCUAUAUCCUUCGGUCAGCGUCUUGGCCGUGUACUACGCCUUCUUGUUCACCAUAAGUUCAAUCUUGCCGGCCGUCACCUCUGCCUCCAUCUUUACGGAGUUAUACAAUUUCACUGCCUCCCAGGUCGGACUCGCACUGGGUGUUGGCACUUUGAUCGGAACGACGCUGGGCGAGAUGCUGGGCGGCACCGUCGUGGAUCGCACCAUGUAUAUUCACCGGAAACGGCAUCCCGACGCUGAAAUUGUCCCAGAGGUUAAGUUACACGGGAUUUGGGCAGGCGCUGCCCUCCAACCAAUCGGCCUUUUAAUAUGGGGCUUCACGAUAAACUACCAUACCCCAUGGAUCGGACCCACCAUGGGUUUCAGUAUCAUGUCCUUCGCCUUACAAAUUGUCACGACUGUCGUCUACAGCUACGCUACAGAUUGCUACAAACCACAGACUUCAGAGAUAUCCCAGAUAUUCAACUUCAUACGUCAGACGUUGGGUAUGACCGUUGGGUUCUGGGCCAUCACAGGAGGGGAGAACCUAGGGUAUCACCUGUUCAGCGUAAUGCUUGCAUUGAUUGGACUGGUUCUUUUCGUCCCCGUCGUCUGGCUUAUGUUCAAGGGCAAGGCUGCUCGGCUCAGGUUGGGGCAGCCGAUUUCAACGCGGAAGUGAGAUUUGUAUCGAGUGGAAGGAUACAGCGCCUAUUGACGAAAUGGACCUGUAC